AUGGUUGGAAGUGCUUCCUUGGGAUUCUCCGAGCUUGUUGCUAUAGGAGCUCACGUUGAAUAUGGUUUAAGAAAAGGCAAACUUACGGUUGUAGCUAGAACUUCAAAUGUUAAUCCAAAGAAGUUCUCUAGAGGGUUUCCCAGAAAGAAGGAAGGGGAAACAAAUGAUGUGACUGUUGGCCAAGGAAGAGCUCCUCCAAGAAGGAGACCACAACAAUAUUCACCUCAGCAGUAUGUUCAACAACCCUUUCCUUAUCAACAGCCUAUGUAUCCUGUCCAAUAUGCCCCGCAACCGUACGUAGCUGAUGUGAUACCCGCAUUCAGUCAACAACCUGCCCAGGCUUAUCAAGCGCCUCCAGUUUAUCGACCAGCUCCAACUCAACAACAUGUUGCGGUUCCUCCAGCUUAUCAACAAGCACCAGCAGCUCUUGUUUAUCAACAGCCGAGAGCUCAAGCACCAAGGCAAAAUGCUCAGAACCAGAAUAGGAGGCAAGGGGAUAGGGCGACUUUCAAUCCAAUCCCAAUGUUGUACACUGAGCUUUAUCCUUCCCUGUUACAAAAGGGUUUGGUGGUUCCCAGACCUAUGGGACCUCCACCCGAUCGUCUUCCCCCAUGGUACAACCCUAAUGCACACUGUCCUUUUCAUGAAGGUUCCCCCGAGCACGACCUAGAGGGUUGUUACGCUCUGAAGCAUAGGGUUCGUGAACUGAUUGAAAGCAAGAUCUUGUCUUUUAAAGAUAUGGGACCGAAUGUGAAGAACAAUCCUCUUCCUCUCCAUGGAGAUCCUGCAGUAAACGCCAUUGAAGAUGCCUCUGUUGGUGUUACGGUUGAUAAGGUGGAUGAUGUUAAGACUCCUUUGGCAACAUUCCAUGCCCGAUUGGUGGAAGUUGGCCUGAUUAAUGUUAAUCAUGAAAAUUGUGAAGAGUUUGCCACAUACCCAAAGGGGUGUCAGGUGGUACGAGACAACAUUCAAGACUUGAUGGAUAAAGGAGUGCUUCAGAUAUCCAGUGUUGCAAAGAACGAAGACGUGUUGGUAAUUGAACCUUGUUUUAAUUUACCUGAACCAGUUGAAAUCCCAUAUUACAGUGGUGGAGUGGUUCCGGCGAAUAGUAAGUUGUCGCCUGUUGAGAUAUGUAUGCCCACGCCUUUUCCAUAUGAGAGAACCAAGGUCGUACCUUGGAAAUAUGAGAUUACCGCUGUGGAUAAGGUUGUUGAUGGAAAUGCAAACGUCGAAGUGACAGAAGCUAUUAGUGUGGACGUCACCAAUAUUGCAGGAAUGAGCAGAGUGACCCGUAGUGGUCAAAUCUAUACGCCUGAAUUCAAUGUGACUCCUUAA